AUGAAGCUCACGGCGACCGAGCCGGCCACCGACAACAGCAACAAAGGCAGAAGGGGCUCAGCACGUCCACUGUCCGACCAUCAAGAGCAAGGAUAUUGUCUUGGAUCGGUCCAAGAGCCACUGUCUGUCGCCAGCGUUGUUCCGCAAUGCCAGCUCGCGCGGGACACCAAGAUAUCGGAGCGAGAUGAGCUGCUACCACGGGAUCAACUACGAGAGGAAAAGGAACCUGUGCUGCUCCUGGAUCGCAUGAUCGCCUUCACCCUGCCUGCGCAGCAUAGACACCCGCCGCUCUCAAUUCCACAACAAUCAAGAGCAUCCCUCAGCGCGGCCAACCUAUCCUCGUCGUCGCCUCCAACAUUCACCAGCAGUGUCUUCGCAUACCCCCGCAUCGCCGUGGCCGCCAGCGCCGUUGGUCUCCUGCACCCCGAGCCGCGGCAUGAGCUUCCACCCCCUCCACGACCACCUCCACACUCCUCCUCCUCGUCGCCUUCGAAACGACCGCGUGCGCUCAGCGCUUCUCUAUCGCUCCUCGCCAAACUGAUCGACGGACACUAG